AUGAAGUACUCCGUCGCUGCCGUCUCGGCCUUUGUUGCCGCUGCUCUCGCCAAGCCCGAGUUCCUCAACUCCAAGUUUGAUGUCGAGGCGGGCAAGCCCUUCACCCUCCAGUACGAGGGCUGCUCUUCCGGCUGCACCAUUACCCUGCAGACUGGCGCCAGCUCCGACCUCAAGGACGUCAAGGUUCUGACCUCCUCGGCCACCGGUACCUCCACCACCAUCACCCUGGAGGACAUCCCCUCUGGCAUCUACAACUUCAAGAUCACCGACAAGAGCGGCCAGAGCAACUUCAGCCAGCAGUUCCCCUUCCAGGGCACCGGUGUCGCCUCCUCCAGCGCUGCCACAUCCGCCACCAGCGCCAAGGAGAGCAACACUGCUGCUCCCACCACCACCGAGGCUGCUACCAGCACCACGGAGGCCGUCUCUACCACCACCGAGGAGGCUACCACCACCGAGGUCAAGACCAAGACUGCUCACUCCACCACCACGGAGACGGAGACCUCGAGCACCUUCACCACCACCACCACCGUCGCCCACUCCACCCACAAGCACAACACCACCACCGUUGCCCCCACAGGCUCGGCGUCAACCACCACUGGCCGUCAAACCACCGCUGCCUCCACCUCCUCAAACCCCGCCGUGACCACCGUUCCUCCCGGAAGCGCCGCUGGCCACCUCUCUUCUCCCCUCGCCCUCGUUGCCGGCGUGGCCAUCGCCAUUGCCUUCUUCUCUUAA